AUCACAUCACAAUCACUGUGACUGUGACAUCGUGGAGUGUUCAGUGAGGUGCAUUUUACUUAGCUUAGCAGUAAAUUUGUUUAGUGGUUUUAAUUAAAUAUUAUUAAUAGAUAGAUAAUGUCAAAUAAAUAAUAAUAAUAUAUAAAUAAAUAUAUUUGAAUUAGAUGACCAUCACUAUGACACUUAAAAAUAAGAUGGAGGUUGACUUACCAAAAGGUGAAGGUUUUCGUCCAUACUACAUAACUAAAAUAGAAGAAUUGCAAUUAAUUGUUGCAGAAAAAAGUCAAAAUUUACGUCGUUUACAAGCACAAAGAAAUGAAUUGAAUGCAAAAGUUCGAAUGUUAAGAGAAGAAUUACAAUUAUUACAAGAACAAGGUUCAUAUGUUGGUGAAGUUGUGAAACCAAUGGAUAAGAAGAAGGUAUUGGUUAAAGUACAUCCAGAAGGUAAAUUUGUUGUGGACAUUGAUAAGAACAUUGAUAUCAACGAUGUGACGGCAAACAGUCGUGUUGCAUUACGUAAUGAAUCAUAUACAUUACAUAAGAUAUUACCAAACAAAGUAGAUCCAUUGGUAUCGUUGAUGAUGGUCGAGAAAGUACCAGAUUCAACAUACGAAAUGGUUGGUGGUUUAGAUAAACAAAUCAAAGAGAUCAAAGAAGUGAUUGAACUGCCAGUCAAACAUCCAGAACUAUUUGAUGCGUUAGGUAUUGCACAACCAAAAGGAGUACUAUUGUAUGGACCACCAGGUACUGGUAAAACAUUAUUGGCCAGAGCUGUAGCCCAUCAUACAGAGUGUACCUUCAUACGGGUGAGUGGUUCAGAACUAGUACAGAAGUUCAUUGGGGAAGGUUCACGUAUGGUUCGUGAACUGUUUGUGAUGGCGCGUGAACAUGCACCCAGCAUCAUAUUUAUGGAUGAAAUUGAUUCGAUUGGUUCGUCACGUAUUGAAUCUGGUUCUGGAGGCGAUUCAGAAGUACAACGUACCAUGUUGGAGUUGUUGAAUCAAUUGGAUGGUUUUGAAGCAACUAAAAAUAUUAAAGUGAUUAUGGCAACGAAUCGAAUUGAUAUCUUGGAUCCAGCGUUGCUCAGACCUGGUCGUAUUGAUCGUAAAAUUGAGUUUCCACCACCAAAUGAAGAAGCACGUCUGGACAUUUUAAAGAUUCAUUCACGUAAAAUGAAUCUAACGCGUGGCAUUAACUUACGUAAAAUAGCUGAAUUGAUGCCUGGUGCUAGCGGUGCUGAAGUGAAAGGUGUAUGCACUGAAGCUGGUAUGUAUGCGUUACGUGAACGUCGUGUCCAUGUCACUCAAGAGGACUUUGAAAUGGCCGUUGCUAAAGUUAUGCAAAAGGAUUCUGAGAAGAACAUGUCUAUUAAGAAGUUAUGGAAGUAAUUACACUACACUAUCUACAUUACAUUACUGUAUGAUGGAAGUGAAGUGAAGUCAGUGUACAUUAAUUAAUAUUACUUCUUUCUUGUUCUUU